AUGUUUAGUGGUAUCAUCGAGGAGAUCGGCACGGUAGUGUCCAUGCAGGAACGCAACGACCUGCUUGUGUGGAAUGGCGAGCGUGGCACAGGUUUUGAGCUGGUGGUGCGCGUCAAAGUGGCACUGGAGGGCGCGUAUCUAGGCUGCAGCAUCGCUGUCAACGGAACGUGCCUGACCGCCACAAGCAUCGACGAGGACCGCGUGGCCUUUGGUGUAGCGCCCGAGACGCUGCGCCGCACUAACCUGGGCGAGCUAAAGGCCGGCGAUAGGGUGAAUGUGGAGCGCAGCAUGGGUGUGGAUUCGCGCAACAGUGGCCACUUCGUUCAAGGCCACGUGGACGGAACGGGCGCCAUUUUGUCCUUCACGCGCGAGGACGACUCGCUCUGGGUCAAAAUCUCAGCCACACCCGAGAUUCUGCGCGAUAUUGUGCCCAAGGGCUACAUCGCCAUCGACGGCACGAGCCUCACGGUGUGCGACGUGAACCGCGACAACGGCUGGUUCUCCAUCAUGCUCAUCUCUCACACACAGAACCACAUCAUCUUGCCGCUCAAGAAGGUCGGCGACCGCGUCAACCUCGAGCCAGACGUGCUUGGCAAGUAUGCUGCCCGCUCCAUGGGAAGCGUACACGAACGAGUGGACGCGCUCGAGAGCCAGCUGCAAUUUACCAAAUGGGUGACGACAGGACUCACGGUAAUCGCCGCUACGUUGGCCGUUGCUCUCGUUCGCAAGUGA